AUGUACGUUACAAACCAGCAUCAUGAAAGAAGCCACCAUUCAAUCCCACCACCACUCCCGAUGACUAGAGUAUCGUCGUCUUCGUCUUCGUCCCAAUCUGGUCCACCACCGCAACCGAAUAAUGGCAUGAUUCAAAAUCUCCAACAACCGCAACAGCCGCCCUCACAAUCGUGCAGAGGUGAUGGAAACCGUAUUUACAGUCUUGAGGUCAAGCAACAGCCCAUCAGGGCUAGGAUGUGUGGUUUUGGAGACAAGGAUCGUCGGCCAAUUACUCCCCCACCUUGUGUACGGCUUGUGGUCAAGGACGCGACCACGGGAAAGGAGGUUGACAUCAAUGAGGUUGAUACAUCUUUCUAUGUCCUCACCGUGGAUUUAUGCAGCGACCUCAUCAUCAUAUCCACCUCCCCCUCCGACCCCGCCUCCGCACCCGCACCCGCAGGCUCACCAUCACAUCCCCACCAACAGCCGCUGCAACACUCUCAAUAUCCUCCGCAGCAGCCUAUGCACCAGCAGCCACCAAAUCCAUACCCUGGAUAUAGUGCGCAGCCUCCACAUCAACAAAUGCAACAGCAGCCUCUGAUGCAUUAUGGUCAACAGCACAGUGCGCCUCAAGGCUAUUACCCUAACAGCAUGCAUGGGCCACCCCAACAGCAGCAACCACCUCAGCAAACACCGUCAGGAAUGUUUACCAGAAACCUGAUCGGUAGCUUGAGCGCCAGCGCAUUCAAGUUGACAGACACUGACAACAAGAUCGGCGUGUGGUUCAUUCUUCAGGAUCUUUCAGUAAGAACUGAAGGCUCAUUUAGAUUGAAAAUGAACUUUGUCAAUGUCGGGCGGGGGGAUGGCGCGGGCCUGAACACUGGAUCGGCCCCAGUCCUUGCGAGUGCUUUCUCCGAGGUUUUCCACGUCUUCAGCGCCAAAAAGUUCCCAGGUGUCAUUGAGAGUACAAACCUUAGCAAGUGCUUUGCGACCCAGGGUAUUAAAAUUCCGAUACGUCGCGAUAAGGGCGAUGGCCCAGAGGUCUAA